UGGAGUACAUACCCCCCAAUUAAGGCUUGAAGGCUGCAGAUAUACACGCCCUUUUCUCUCGCCCUUUUUUCUAUACUUUGUCUCCACAUAUCUCUCUGUGGCCUCCCCCCUUUUCGCUCUCUCUCCAUUUACUCCGCAUACUCAAUAGACUGAACAAUCGACUAUACAUACACCGCCUGCUACAUCUCUUUACACAUACUCUCACACAUACAUCCAUGUCAGAGUCAUUCACAACACAAGUAGGUUCCCGGACAGCGGACUGCGACAAGGAGGCAGCGGCGGGAAUUGUAUCAGCAGCUGCUGCUGCAAGCGCUGGUCCAAGUGACAGCGGGGUGACAAUCAGCACAUCAUCUGCAUGCGAGAGCAGUCUGAUGAUUGGAGCGGCAUCAGCGUUGGCGGGCGAUUCCAAGUCAGUUGCAGCGAACGCUAUUCCAACAGCAUCAGGCGUGGUUGCGGGCAUGCAGAGUCUGGUACACCACAGUGCGGCCACCCGUAUAUCACCAGGAGCCCUUGGCAUCUCGGGAAGAUGGCUCGGAUGUGGCGUCUGUGACAAGCGACUCGGCAUCGGUGGCAUCGUCGCCGCGAUGCCGAGGUGUGAAGCGGCGCGGCUCCGAUUCGUCGAUCUUGCUUAUGGCAGUAGACGAGGCCACUCAGUGCGCAAGAAAGAUUUAUCGCUCCGAGACCACCCACUCUGGGACUGGUGGCGAGCAGGCGAGCUCUCCGCCGUCCAUGUCGGCAGUAGCCUAACAAGCGGCGGCGGAACUAUGCGCCUGCGGCAGCCGGCUCUGCUGCGGGUGGGGCAGCUGGCUUCCCGCAAGCGCAGCAGCAGCACCCGGGCUGCGACUGGUGGGAUUUACCGGUCCCGGGCUUCCGCACGCAUCUCAUCGGCCUCUGUCUUCUUCCACGUCUUCCUCCACUCCCUCGUCUCCCCUCUUCAUCUCAUCUGACCCACGCGGGGGAUCAGGAUGCGAUGAUGGCAUGUGCGGGCUCACGUGGCGCAUGCUCUGCCGUCGGGCCGUCGGCAUCCAGAGGCACAGCUACUGUCGUCAGCCGGGGCUCGGCCUCGGCCACAGCCACCGCCGGCGCUGGAAACAGCG